CCAAAACUAUUGUUUGCGAUGGAUCUUUUCCAAAGUUGCCGUCGAGGUGACCUCGAUCGAGUCAGGUAAGAAAUCCUAAAGGAACAUGAGUGCAUUUUUUUGUGUUAGUGAUUCGAAGUUAAAUAUGUACAUGUUCAGACGUUGUACAUUUCACGCUCGUUGAAAUUUGCGUACAUUUCAAACUGACAACUUGGUUGAGCGCAAAUUGUAUCCAAAGAAUGAUGUAAGUAACCGUUAUCUUUCAAUAUCCUGGCAUAAAUUGCCGAAAAAUGGUAACAGCUGGUAGCAAGCGCCCGAUAUGAAUUUAAAAUUCGCUAGAGGCAAGUGAGAGCAUCUGCAGUUCACCCGUACUGCAGCUGAUUUUCAACUUCUAUAAGUUUGAUAAGUUUGAUAUAUGGAACGUUGCAGAUGGUCAGUUCAAAAUGACCUGAAAUUCUUUUCAGGUUUUCUACCAAUAAAGGCAGUUUUUUUCGAAGAAAGCCUGUUCAAUUUUUUUAGCUGAUCGAAACGAAAUAAAAAACAAACCAUAACAAAAACAAAAUUUUAACGCGAUACAUCUUUCAGUUGUGUUUCAAAGUGUUGCUUUCAAACAGUCGGUAAAAUCAGUUUGUAAAGGUUACUAAAACUCGUCUCUUUUGACAAAUGAUGUGUUCCUCGGUAGCUUUGCAGUCUUAUCACCUCGACACUUAGACACUUCUGAAGAAGUAGUGCAGUGCGUUUCCGAGCCAUUUCGACAAAUUUCGGUGAAAAUGCAAGACAACUGAACGAAGACAAAGCUAGCUUUCAACUGAGACAACAACAAAAGUAAUUUGCAAGCCAGCCUUUAAUUUUCACAGCUUAAAAAAUAAGUGAUUUGAAAAAGUCCUUCAUGGAAUGAGGGUUUUACACUUAAACCAUUAAUUAAUAAAUAUUAAUAUUGUAAUAUUAAUUAUACAAGCAUCUUUGUAGUGUUCUACAUGAGAAAUCACGAAGAUGCAUAUAUUUGACAAGAAAGUAGACAUUGAAACUGGCUUUCGUUUAUCAUUCUAGACUUGUCACAAAUAUUUUAGACUUGCUUGAAAACGGAGAGCUUAAACACAACUUAUGUGCACGAGAUUAUAUUGCUUAAUUGCUUGAGCUUAGUUAAACCGCGAUUUAACGAAGUGCCAACGGACUGGGGAAAUUGGCUCGGUAUAUCGAGAGUUCGUUAUAUCGGAAACUUCGAUUUAACGAAUUUGUGGGAAAACAACCAAAAUGCUCGUUAUAUCGAGGGAUGAUUAAUAGUUGUUUUUGUUUCGUUUUGUUUCUUUGUGUGGUGUGACGUCGCGCUACCCAGCAGCAUUUUGGGAUCGGAACGAUAACUGUAAAUAACAUCAAUGCUUUGAUUUCUAUAUGAAGCUACAGUACACUGAACAGGUCUGUACAUAGCUACAGCACCUUGCUUUUAAAGCACAGAGGACAAAUUUCAGUGGAAGUCACUGGCAAACGAAGAAACAAGGGCAUUGAAUUGGAAAUUCCUGUCUCUUUCACCUUUUACUACAAGAAGCCUUCAAAAAUAAUCAUACACAAAGAGGAUAAAGCGGAUCCUUAGAUGUGUCGAAUGUGUCAGUGUCGGCAUUUAUAAUGAGCUGUUAAAUUUAAAGUUAUCCUAUUGUUACAAAAUUGAAAGAUUUUGAUUCUUGUUCGUCUGUUUCGCAGUUGUCGUGCGUCAUGUGUUGACAUUUGUUCCUUGUAGCGGAGUAAACCUUUGUGCUUUCGUUAAAUCGAGGUUCUUUCCCUAACAUUAAACUGUAACUUUGGCCAGGCUGAAGAGUAUCGUUCAUUAUACCAAGGACUUCGAUUCAUUAAAUAGAGGUUCGUUAAAUCGAGGUUCUACUGUAUUAGCUAUUUGAGAUCCUCGAUAUUUUGAGUCGCGAUCUUGUGGACUAGACUGGGGACCGGAGAUCGGUUGGAUACCGAUGAAUUACAUCGUAAGAAACAGUUUAAGCCAGAAACUUUUGGUGCACUUCUCGACGGUUCAUAUCACAGCGAAAAUUUGAACCUGCUCGCAUGCAAGUCCAAGGCUAUUUGAGAUAAUAAGGCCAAGAUAAUAUGCAGUUCAUAUUCUCUUGGAAGGCUUGCAUCGACUGAAAUCAUGAAAUUUUUCUCUCCGCCUUCAAAAAAAUGCACUUGAAAUUGUGACACUUAUCGCGUUUUGAGACUCCAAAAAGUAAUCUAACCUUUCGAAAAUCGUCUUCAAAUGUUUUAAAAAUGCUUAGUAACUUCGGGCCCGUACCAACGAAUUUGAAUUGAGGGGAACAUAACUGUAAUGUAUGAACGGAGGCCGGAAUAGGAGCAUCCUUCCCCUAACUUUUGAAAAUUUGAACACGCUCUUAUGCCUUUUGGAGCAUUUUGGAAAGCUUUUCAGGUAAAGCGUUUUUCUAGUCACUUUUCAAGCGAUCUCCAAGCCAUUUUAUCUCAAUUUGCAUUGUCGCAUACAUACGUGAACAUACCUUUCCUAUAAGUGAACAAGGAGAUUGAAAUGUGUAAACACAGGGUUUCUACAACAGUUUGCGUAGCAAAUUGAGAAUUCUGUUAGGUUGUAAAGACGCAAAAGUCUAGAAACACCACGGGUAGACGUUUUCCCUCUCUGCCAGAACAUCAACUCGUAUACUGGACAUGCCUGGAAAUUUAUAAGUCUCUGCUGCUUAGGUGAUUUACGUUUUGUAGCCUUUUCACGUGACUUUCACCUUUUUCGUUUUUGUUUCCCCGUUUAGAUAUCUUGUGGAGAGUGGAGAAACAGAGUUGAAUCUUCGAGAUUGCUGGGACAGCACACCACUGUAUGUGUAGAACGUUUGGUAUUUUCAUACGUGUUAUAUACCCCAUGAGAACAAAGAGGAGUAAUUUCUUAUAAUACAGGGUGGGAUGAGAAAAAUUUCUACACGCUCCUGCACUUCUCUUUUGAUUUCAUAAGCCGUCGUCUUCAACCAUAGACGAAUAGAUGAAAAAAAUUGAUGCAUAACAUUAAGAAUUCACACAGUGUCUGCUACCUGCAUGCGAUUCUCACAUGACUGUCACGGAUGUCAUUUCUCUCAUUGGUUUUUUUGCAUUUUUUUGUUUUGUUUUAUUAUUUCCUAGAUACUACGCUUGUCUCUGUGGACAUCAUGAGUUGGUGGAGUACCUCUUACAAAACGGUCAGUUUUGUCAAUUCCGGUUGAAACUGGUUUAACUCCUGUUUGUCAUUAUUAUUAUUAUUAUUAUUAUUGAUAAAUGAACGUUUCAUUGCUUCUCUCACGGUGUAGAGUCAGGCUAUCAAUUGUGUGGACUCAAAUUCGUUAGACAAAGGUUUAAAAGUUCAUUUAUCUACAAAACCACGAUGGACAACAACAUUUUAUAUAACACUAAUAGCCAAGCCUAAAAGUGGAACUCGCAUUUUUUCCCGCACGUCUCAAGGGCACAACACCUUGCCCCAGCCAGGAAUAGAACCUGAGUCGUCCGACUCGGAGCCCAGUGGGCUACUGGACUACUGAACAAAGCCGUAGCGUUGGCGUGUCCGCGGUACAGUUGACCACGCAUGUUAAAAGUAGCACCUUGUGUGGUCGUACGGUCGUAUGGUCGUACAUCCAAAUUUUUUCGGCUUGAUGGGUUACUACUAUUUUGUAUAAUUAUGGGGCUACGCUCUGCGAGCUCCGCUAUAAUUCCUAUUAUUAUAGUUUUUAUUUUUUUUAUAAAUUUUGCCUUGGUCAGUUUGGAAAAGAACGUUUGUGGAGAAGAUUCGCAACCAAGUGUAUUUAGGAAAAUUACUUCUUGCGAAACUUUAAGAUUCUCGCGAGACUACAGCAAGACCUGCUGCCCGGAUAACCUGAAAACGGCAGAACAAUCACCUUUGCAUUUGACGUUCUGAAAACCUUUUAUUUUAAUCCAAAAUGCGCAAAAACUGUUUCCUUUCGUUUUUCCGAGUCUAUUUUUUUCUUUCGAAAGAUAUUGUUUCGGCUGUUAUUUUUGCUUAUUAUAUUUUGAAUUGCAUGUGAACAACUUCAUUUCUUCGUCUGCUAUUAGGGGCCCGUUGUGCUCCGAACACAUUUGACGGAGAGCGUUGUUUGUAUGCAGCGUUGACGGACAAGAUCAGAAGCCUCCUCAAGAGCUACAAGGCUAUUACAUCUGAAUGCAUGAGAAGAGAUUCCUACAGGGAAUUUCUGAGAAGGUAAUAAUUCGAAUGGCGAAUUUUAGGCGAAAUUUCCAGGAGAGUUUCCCCACGCAUCAGAAAGUGUUCAUAAUUUUUCCCCUCUGUGUACCUUUAAAAAAAGAAAAUUGAUGGAGUGUUCGAAGUAAAACUGGAUUACUUUGGUUUUACUUUGAUGCGCUCUCUGACUGGCUCAGAGAACUCGCACCUCGACCAACCAGAUGCAGCUAAAACCAAUCACGACUUAUUCCCUCGCAUUUUACUGGGCUCAAGGGGUUUGUAUCUAUAUAAUCAAAUUUUCUGUGUUUCCGUAGAACAUUUGUACCGAUUGGCCGCCAUGAUCAGCUAAACUUCAUUUGUGAAACUGGCGCGCCUUUUUUGCGCCAGGAAUUUGUCACCUAUGAAUUUUCUAAACUUCCAUUGUGUUGUUACCUCGCUUGCCUUUGACUGAUUCGACUUUUGGUUUGCGAUUGUUCCAUAGAGCAUUUGUUAGUUGUAAGUCGAAAAACCAAAACCAAUCAUCCCAACGACCAAUCAAAACAAAGGUAUAAACUACCGGUAGCCAAUGAGAACUUAAAGUGAAAACAACCGAACUCCUUGAAACGCGGGAAAACGCGAACGACUAAGUCGCGUUUGUUUCUUACUUUUAAAUCUGAUUGGUUGAGAAGGUGACGCCGGUUUUCUGGACCAAUCACAGAGCGAGGUUAAGUAAAACCAAAGCAAUUAUGUAUUUCUUUCGGUACUCACUUGAAAACUGUUCUUACUCAACUAAUCCUGUUUUUCAGAUGUCUGGAGGACUCGCCGUACGCAGAUGUAUGCUUCAUAGUCCAUGGUGUUCCUCUACCUGCUCAUCGCUUGAUUUUGUCUGCACGCUCCUCGUAUUUCGCCAAAAUGUUUAUGAGUAAAUGGCGUGAUCGUCCUAUCAUCGAACUGAAGAACAAACUGGUAAGAUCGAGUCGUAUUUGAGAGUAAAAUUGAUGGUCUUAAAUGUGUAUACGGAGAGCUUAUUUAUAGGUAGCCUGUGUAUAAGCUCUCUUUAUCAGUAGCGUUGUGGGACGGGUGUGAGACGAGAUUAGUCUGGGAGAGGGAAUCUGGCACUAAUUAUCAGUGCCAGACCCCUUGUAGACCUCGCGCAGACUCGUGUUGAUCAAUGCCUCAUACUUUACCGCGGGCGAAGAAAUGUUCGUGCCGAAGCGCUAAUAAUGAGGGCUUGCUUGCUAGUCCUCCCUUUGUACUCUUAAGGCGACAACUAAUCCUUCCUCUAUUCCCCCUGAAAACCAUGUGGUAAUCUUCCCAAAAUCCCCCCCCCCCCCUAACAAAAAAAAAGAAAAAAAAAAAAAAGGCAGGUAAUGGUCUCUAAACAUCGGCGCUGAACGUCAUAAAAGCUCUUUUGACGCUUCUAUUCCCCAGAUCUAAAUAGCUUGCGGAACGCGUUUUUCAGUUCAACGGAGGCAAGCGCGAGACGGCGCGAAUUGCGAAUCACGCCCAGCGCUUGUCGUGCUUGUCCUAGCGCUUGUCCUAGCGCUUGUCCGAGCGCUUGUCCGAGCGCUUGUCCGAGCGCUUGUCCGAGCGCUUGUCCGAGCGCUUGUCCUAGCGCUUGUCCGAGCGCUUGUCCGAGCGCUUAUCCGCUUGUUGAAAGACAGCUUUCCUAAAUGUUGACUAUCCUUUUCUUAUGGUGAAUAUUGUGUCUUUUCAGGUCAAACUGUGGGCUAUGCAGGCCAUUCUGCAAUACUUGUACACCGACCGAGUAUACAUCGAAAAAGAUAAAAUUGACGACUGCAUCCGACUAGCGAAACAAUGUAAACUGGAGGAUCUCAGGACACAGCUGGAAAUCAGACUAAACAGCAUUGAAUUAUUUGGUUAGGAAAAAUCUCGAAGAAUAGUUUCCUUUUUUGUAACAUUUGCGUGAUUUUGAUCCUUUCAUCCGCUUGUUGGAGUAUUUUUGUAGAGAAGGGAAAAGUCCCCAAUGACUCUUUCUUGGAUAUCGCCUUUCGAUCCCUUUUCCGGGUACAGCCGCUGACUACAUCUUCGGCAGCCGCAUGAGGAAAAGUUAUUGGUACCCAUGCCUCUAUCUUCAUUAUUUUCCUCGCUCUUCGUGUCAACCCUUCAUGCCCUCCACUUCAUACCCUAAACCAUCCUGUUCUCCUCCCCCCCCGCCCCUAUUCAUGCUAAACCGUACCCUCCCUACUCAAAGUUUGGACCCCUAUCAGCAAUCCCUGGAUCUGCCCCUGUAUCAUAUUGGCCCAUGUUUGUCAAUCAGUCUGAAACUUAGCACCGCUCCAACGGAAAUGACGACUGGUUGUAAUACUGUGGUGUUAUUUUCUGUAGGAAUGUCCAAAACUAAUACUCGAAUAAUAACAGUAGUGAGCAUCGAACCGGAAUCCAGAUCCACAAGCUUGCAAGAUGCAUUCGCCCGUCUAGCAGAGUCUGCUUUACCCCCUGCGCUCGUGUCUCAGGUGAGAUUUAAUCGCUGUCUGCCUAUCUUUCUGCCUGUCCGCCCGUCUGUCUACCUGUGUCUUUCACUCUGUCCGUCGGUUUGUCUCUUUCGCUCUGCCUGUCUUAUCUGUCUCUCUGUCUAUGUCAUUCUGUCUGUCUACCUAUCUCUCUGCCUGUCUGUGUCAGUCCAUCUGUCUGUCUAUCUCCUCUCUGUCUGUCUGUCUUCCUUUCUGCUUUUCUUUCUGCCCAUUUGUCUAAGUCUGGUUCUACCUCUUUGUUAGUGUUUGGAAAGAGGAAAAACAACAAAACAAAACGCGAAGUAGAUACGACACUUCCCAACGAGAAAUAAGUUAUCCAAACUUGUGAGGCAUGUACUUCAUUUCCUUUUUUUACUGUCAAGCCACGUUUUAUAUUAUACUCGUCUCUAAUGCGUCUCUGUUAAUCAUACCCGAUAAAAUUCUGGGAAAGCUUAUAUCGUAUUCUUGGACGGACGCAAAAAUGUAGAGUCAAGACAAAGAAAACUUGGACUUUCCCCGGCUUGACGUUACAGAUAAUUUGUAUUUCCUUUUCAGCAAUUCCCAAAGCAGUUUCCAUUUGAGAUAUCCUCCGAUGUUUUCGAUGGUUUGUAUCCAUAUUUUUGUUUACGGUAACUUUGAAAAUGUUCUCUGUACACCAUUCUAGAAUUGUCUAAAAUCACUUAAACAAGGGGGAGUGCCCCGAGUGCCUCAUGGGUGGUUUUCUACGGGGGGUUGUUCGAGCCCCUUAAAGCAGUUCCUGCAUAAGCCCUAGAGCGAGAAACAUUGGUAUUCAUAUUCUCCCUAAUCCUCUCUAUUCAUUACUCAUGGCUCUGACAGGGAGAAUUUGUUGGAAAAUCAGGAGCUUCUUAAAUUGGUGAUAAUUUCCUUAAUUCUCAUAACCUUUACAUUUGACUUAAGUAAGAUACUGUAGGGAGAAAAUAGAGGCCGGUCACUCUUUGGGCUUGAAGGGUUAAAGAGCUAAUGCGGCUACAGAGGUGAACGACCUAAAGAUGUAGAAACAUUUAGAAAGUUGCAUCUUCCCUCAGGGGAGAGUAGUAGGUAACAUUGAUUUGACAUGACUGUACCACGUCGUUUUAGUUUCAGUCGUUUGCGACGAACCGCCUGUGUACUCUGAUGUGUGUUUCAUCGUUGAGAAUCACAGAUUCUACUGUCAUAAGGUAAGAUGCCUGAAUUGUAGCAACGUCCAUGACUUCCUUGCUAAAUUUAUCAGGAACUUAAUUUCUUUGCCGUGAUAUAAUUGCGAAGGAAAAAGUGGAAAAGUCUCGCUUAGGGAAAAAGCCGCUUUAACAUGUUCACGUGACCUGGCCGGGUUCCGAAACCGGACCUUUCGACCCAGAGUCCAGCCAAGGUGGUUGGGGGUAGGGGAGGUGCUCCAUUUGUCAUUAGCGCAUGCAUGAUUUUUCAAACGGGGUUUCCUAAGAGUUUUAUAAAUAAAAAUAUAUCGGGAAGGGAGGUUCAAAACCUGUCGGGAACCCCCUUCCUCGUAGCCACGCCCUUAUUGUUCGAGGUGAAUCUUAGCUCCUUUUUUAAAUCUCCUACAUAUCUUAACAGUUCAUUAUUAUGGUUAGAAAGCUCAUUGACCCUCAAAUACUCACAUUAACUCCUAUAGCUUUUUUUUAACUGAAGGUGUUUUUCUGCGGAAGGAGCGACUAUUUUCGAGCGUUGUUAGACGGUCACUUUUCGGAAUCCACCUCGCCUGGCAAACAAUUAUUUAGUGCGUCUAUUCCUGAAGUUUACCUCAAUGAUGUAACACCAGACGUGUUUGCCGCUGUUGUAGCUUUCAUUUAUCAAGAUGAAGCUUUGGUGAGUGUUGUUUAAACAGAUUUAGACUUUGACCAGUCCCUCCUUUUUGGCGAUGUCCGUCGCGCAAGUAAAAACCAAUCGGUGACGUUAGCGCGCCGCGCGGAACCCUGUGAGCUGAGGUCAAGCGCCUUAUUCCCAGAGGUCCGUUUGGCGCGUUAACAUCAAGAGAAGGUGUGUAGAGUAAUACAUAUGAGAAAUUUACGACGUUUGUAUGAACUGCGAACUCGCUCAUUGGUUUGUAGACUUAGGUAAGCCUCGUUCUACAUUGGCCAAACUGUAAAACUGUCGCUGAAAGAAAAAUUUAUAUGAAGGCGUCAGUUAUUCAAACAGCAGUAAACGUUGAUAGCAAUACUUAUUGCUUUAAUUCUUGUUUUUAUCCAGGUAACUGAAGAAAAUGUUUACAGUGUACUUUGCUUUGCUGAUAUCUAUCUACUGAGUGGCUUGAAGCGCCUCUGUGCGCGUGUAAUUAGCGCGUUUCUCGACACAGAAAACGUUUUGACGGUUUUAAGGACGGCGCGUCUCUUCAACCUACCCAGACUUGAAGUAGACUGCUGUGAAUACAUGAGUAAACAUCUAGAAAUGGUAAGUAGUGAUUACUGGUAACAAUUUCUUUGUCCUUUACGCUAAAAUCGUUCGGUAGUUGUCAUGCGAAAGAUAAACCACCGAUUAAAGAAGUCUGGGGAGAAGACAUAAAACACGCUCCUCAGCCCCGUAUCGAGAGUAGUUCUGUCCUCCAAUAAUUAUUGCGGAGCAGCCAAAGAGGCGGAGCAGUCGAAGAAGAAUCAAGUGCUCUGGACUCCGUAUGAAGAAGAGUGAGUCUGAGUUCUGGUCGUGGAUCGUGGGUCGUGGGUCGUGGGUCGUGGUUAUUGUAUUGUGUUCUUGAGCAAGACGCUUUAUCGUCACUUUCUCUCCUCAGUAUCUCUCUCCAUCCAUCCAGGCGUAAAACUGGGUACCAAAGAAUUUUCAGGGAAGCCUGACGAAAUGUGGAGGGGGAGGGAGUGAGGGGACGUUGUGGUAACCCUUGGUGAAGGGAAUUAGCGUCUCCUCUCCGAAGAGGGGUAUUCUAUGAUGCCUAUAUACUAAUGAUGUUAGCUAAUGUUCAGUUCAUAUAUAAGGUAAGUAAAAUCGUUUUUGUUCUGUUUGAAUUUGCAGUUUCUUGAUAACAAGGAAUUUCAUGCGCUGAUUCUGGCGGAUGCAUCUUCUGUUCGAGAUCGCCAACAGACGGACUCCAUCCCUGUUGUGGACGACAUUCGCUUUCAUCUGUACAAAGGCGUUCUACCAAGCAUCACGUCAGAUGAAGAAGAAAGUGGACAAUUUGACAGUGAAACAAAACUGAAAAUGCUCAGUGAUCUAUUGAUUUAUCUCGGUAUCGAAUGCUAGACAUCAAUCCAUUGACAAAGCCGCAAUUUCCCUUUAAGUGUCUGCAGUUUUUCUUAAGAUGUAUUAGACAUGUGUCUAAUAUCAUUCGCAAGUCGCAAAAAGGAUUGGAUCAAUUUCAGUAGCUUUGCAACUGGGCACGUACUCUUCGCCUAAUCCAACAUUAACCAUGACCAGGAGCCCAUUACCCGGAGCUUCCAUCUUCCAUACUUACCCUCUGAGUCAACCUUUUCACGUAUCUUUUUAUUUUUAGAAGUACCUCCCAUGAGGUUUUUCGCGGGUGUUUACAUAGUAGCCAAUCAUAAGAGAGCCGGGGUCCUCUAUUGUUUACGUUACAUGCAGAGAAGAAAUAGAGGUCAGCCUUCGCCUUUGGCCGCCAUUUUUGUAGGGUGUUAUGCGAACGUCAGCGUGUUUUCGCGGGAAAUUAAAGAACCCCUCCCCAAUAUCUCAGUUCUAAAAAUAGAAAGAUACGGGACAGGGUUGAUUCAAGGUUACAAUUGGUAUGGAAGCUCCGGGUAAUGGGCUCCUGCCCUGACUUAUUAUUAGUGGACUGUUGUUGGGUUAAGGGAGGCGUAGGUGCGCAGUUGCUCAGAUACUGAUAUUGAUCCGAAAGGUUUUUAAAGAACAAUUUAGAGUACAAUAAACCUAAGGGCGUAGUUAGGGAAGGGGGAGGGGUCCUGGAGUGCCCGUGACCCCCCUCCUUUUGUAAGUCUUUUGAGUAAAAAACACAGUGUGGAGGUCGACAUGAAAAUCAGGUGAGUACCCUGUUUGACACCGUGUGACCCCCUUCCCUCCCAUUUGAAAAAUCCUGGCUCCGCCCCUGAAACCUUCAGUUCAAACCAAUAAUCUUGCUUCAAAUAACUCAGCCUUGGAUUGCUGACUAAAAGAUGUCCCGCAAUAAGAUUAAAUACAAAUGUGAGAUAAAAUGCCAUCAGCGAAUUCAAGCCUGAUAAAAUAGGUUGGAAAGGCUAUGCAUUUCCUCUAAGGUUCGAAAAUGGCAUCAUUUGCUUAUGUGCACGUGUUGAUGUAGAAAACAGGCUCGUCAUCGAGGGGCCAGCCAGGGGGUAACACAUGAUUUUCAGGGGGAACAGAUAGGGGGAGGGGCAGGCGUCGCUAACAGAGUAUAAAGGGGGGCGACUGUAGUAAACUGACUGCCAAUCAGAGGGGAGCAUUCGAAUACUAUGGAGCCUUAGGGGAGGGGGAAGGGCCAGGUAAAUUAAAUUGUGACACAAUCAAAAUCCUCCGACAAUUCCCUCUCCCCCCCCCCCUUCGCCCCGUCCCCCAGUAUACGUAAUGAACCGAGUAUAAGUUUGAGAAAUUAAUUGUGUUGAAAGCUCCAACCGAAAUCUGUGGUCUUGCUUUUUUUAAUUCGUGGAUAUGCAAGGCAUAGGAACUAGUAUCGAGGGGAUUCAAUAUGCAAAUCCCGAGGCCUUAGCACGGCAUUAGGAGUCUGGGAAGAGUAGGUACCUUUAUUAAAGUUAGCGCACUGUUGUUAAAUAUGGAAGAUCAGACUGUACAGUCACUGAAUAAGUUUAUGACAUUCUGCAUAUUUCAUGCACGAGUUCAUUAGUGUAGUGUCACCUACAGUAGAAAUGUUCGUUUUUUAUAAUAACAAUUUACACUGUUAUUUCUCUUCUCUUUUAUCGGGUUUUACCCUGAAACAUUCCGAGAAAAAAUUUAACGUUGUUGUAAAAUUUUAAUAAUGUAAACCAGAAAACGACCCGCCGUUGAAGAACAUAUUUAGUAACUUGUUUCGAAGGCGUUUUGAUGUUAGAGAAGAUUAAUGAUUGUUCGUUUUGGCAAUCCAAUGAGCAACAUAUGAAAUUAGAAAUUCACGAAGCGCAAAGGAUUACUGUUUACUGAUUGCCUACCUGCGGUAAACUUCGUCAAUUCAGCUUGCAUUAGAUCGUAAGAAACGUAUGGGCACUGGUUGGUUAGCUGCACCAAGUUCUGAACAAAAAUCAAUGUCACAGUGCGAAGAAACCCUGUAUUUGAUUGCUGUGUCGUUACUAAACUGCAGCAAGUAGUGAACUACAAUCAACGUUGCAGAGUGCGAGA